AUGCAAAUUGAUGAUGUAGAUGACGACUGGGAGUUCUCAGAUGAUGACAAUGAUCCUGUGAUUCAAGAUGCGAUCAACGGAGGACAAUUGGUGGAAAGGCAACCCAAGGAAAGACUGCAACGACUACAACGACUACAACAACUGCAAUCACAGAAGAAAAUUAAUACUACUCCACAAGCAAAGAUCACCAACAUCAAGAAGACAACAGCCUCACUUUCAAAUGUGUCGAGCUCCAAAUGUAAAGUACAGCACGCAUUACCCACUGCACCGAAAAUUAACAUUCCCACUCAUCAUGAAAUGGACUUUGGGAACUUGCAAACCUACAUUUAUCCCACCAACUUUGAAGUUCGAGAUUAUCAAUAUAACAUUGUCCGAAAAGCAUUUUACGACAACCUAUUGGUGGCGUUGCCCACGGGUCUAGGUAAAACCUUUAUCGCUUCCACAGUAAUGUUGAACUUUUUACGAUGGUUUCCCAGCUCCAAGAUUAUUUUCAUGGCUCCGACGAAACCAUUGGUUGCGCAACAGAUCAAAGCUUGUUGUUCGAUAACGGGAAUAUCCAGUUCCAAGGUUGCAAUUUUAUUGGAAAAAACUAGAAAGAAUCGAGAGGAGAUUUGGAACUCUCGCCAGGUGUUUUUUACGACUCCACAAGUAGUGGAAAACGAUUUAGCUUUUGGAGUUGUAAACCCCAAGUCCAUAGUUCUAUUAGUCAUUGAUGAGGCUCAUAGAGCUAGGGGAAACUACUCGUAUAAUAAUGUUGUCAAUUUCCUUCGUCGAUUCAAUGACUCGUUCCGAACAUUGGCAUUGACAGCAACACCAGCAGCUGAUGUCGAGGGGGUGCAAGCCGUGAUUGAUAAUCUAAAGAUUUCCAAAGUCGAAGUGAGAACAGAGCAAAGCAUUGAUAUUAUAAAAUAUAUGAAGAGAAAGAAGGUUUGUCGACGAACAUUAGAGGCGUCACUGGAUAUCCGAAACUGUGUGGACUUGCUAUCAAAAGCAAUCUCUCCAGUUUUGAAAACAGCUAAUGAAAAAGGAUUGAUUGAUAUUACCGAUCCCACGAGAAUUAAUGCUUUUCAAUGUAUGGAAGCGUCACGAAAGCUAAUUGCUAAUAAUUCAAUUCCAGAAGGGUUAAAAUGGGCUAAUUAUUUCAUUUUACAACUACUAGGUACAGUUGGGCAAUGUUAUCGGAGGUUGAACAUUUACGGAGUGAAUUCAUUCUACAGCUAUUUCAUGAACAAGUAUAAUGAGUUUGAUACUAAAUGGAAAAGGAAGAAAUCAAAGAAUAAAUUGAAUGCCGAUUUUUACUAUAGUGAGCCCAUUACAGAGUUGAUAGAGGGUCAAGAGAAUGCUAUAUCUAGUCAAGAAUUUAGUCAUCCAAAGAUUGAGGCACUUAUGGAAGAGCUUGAAGACUUUUUUCAUGAGAAAAGUGAUGAUGCUAGUUCUCGGGUGAUUAUCUUCACUGAAUUUCGUGAAUCGGCAUUGGAAAUUGUAAAGAGCAUUGAAAAGGCUAGCCAGUCAUUUAAACCACACAUAUUUAUAGGACAAGCUAAAGAGAAGGAGAAAUUUGAAGUGGAGAAUUUUGGUAAGAAGAAAGGAACCAAGAAGAAAUCGAAAAAGGAAGACAAUGGAAGAGACUCACUGCGUACGAGUUCAGAAAAUGCCCAAAUAAGCGGAAUGAAUCAAAAGCUACAAAAAGAAAUCAUCAAAAAGUUCAAGAACGGAGAAUACAAUAUUCUUGUAGCCACUUCAAUUGGAGAAGAAGGUUUAGAUAUUGGUGAAGUUGAUUUGAUUGUUUGUUAUGAUUCUACUUCAUCACCAAUUAAAAAUAUUCAACGUAUGGGUAGAACAGGUCGUAAACGUGAUGGUAAGGUGCUUUUAUUAUUUUCGAGUAAUGAAGAAUCAAAAUUUGAUAAAGCAAUGGCAGGAUAUGAAUAUAUUCAGGAUCAUAUAAUGAAGGGUGAUUUAAUCACAUUAUGUCCUCAGAAUAGAAUCAUACCAGAUCAGUACACCCCACAAGUAGUUGAGACAUUUGUUGACAUUCCAAAGGAGAAUCUAGAUAUCAAGCAAGAGGAAGAUGAAGAUGAAAUUAUCAAGAUUGCAACUCAAUACAUGUUGGGGGAUACGCCGAAAAGGAAAUCGAAUAAGAAGAAACAGCAAAAGCAUCAAAAGAAGUUUUCUAUGCCUGAUAAUGUUGAGACUGGGUUUAAGAAUGUAUCAGAGAUGUUAAAAGAGACAAAUGAUAAAAAAAAAGCCACCUCUGCCCCUCCUCGUCGUGUCAAGACCGCUUUAGAUUUCCUUGAGUCCAGCGAUGAUGAUUUGGAUAUCACAAUGGAGAGGAGGACGGAUAAAACAGAGCAGAAUAAUCUGGCUAUUGACGAGAUGGAAGCUUUCGAUGAUGAAAUUGAAAUAAACAUAAAGAAAAAAGCAGACAAUAAUGAUGUAAAGGAUGUGGAGCAGAGAAGGCAGGAACUCGACAAUGUAGAACAUUCUGAUGAUAAGAUUGAAAUCACUAUGUUCCGGAGUUCAGAAAAUGAUGAUAAUCCAACAACAAAUGAAAGCAAUAUGGUCACUUCCACUGAUAUAUCAAAUGCCAAGUACGAAGGGUCGACUCAUCACACACCCUCAACAAGUUUCAAUUCAGAGAUGGAUGUCGUCUGUAAACUGCUGGUCGGAGAUGAUGGAGUGGUUGAAGAAUUGGACAUUCUCGAUGAUUCCUUUUCCUUUAGUGAUAAUGAUGAUGAUAUUGAAACAAUUGACUUUCCAACAAAGCAAACUGAAACGAAAGAACUAUGUGAUAGCGAACCAGCCAGUUUGCAAAAUUCACAAAAGACGCUAGGAAUUCAGAAACAACGACGUGUUUUGAGCACUGAUCAUUUGCCAAAAAAGCGAAUGUUAAUUCGUGACGAUGAAUUAGGCCCACAUGAUGAUAUUAAUAGUACCUCGACACAAAAUAGGAAAUCGUUAGGUGUGAAACGUCCAAGAGUAAGAGAGUCAGCAAAAGUCACUGUUGUGCUGAAAGUGGAACCAAUAAACAAACACGAGAAUAAAACUCAGUUGGGCUCAACCGCAAUGAUAGGAGCUGCAGCAAAAUCUCCAACUGGGAUCACACAGGAGGCAUCUACUAAUAUUUUUGAUGGUGAUGACCACGAUCUUUUGGAUGACGAUUUAGACGAUGUUAUUGCUCACUAUACUGGUAUAAUCAACCAAUGA